GAUUGUUGGUAUUUUACUUAAAACUUAUUUUUUUAUUGUUUUUAUUAAUUAAAACUGCUUGAUGCAGAUAUAAGUAGAAAACGAACUCAAUAAAUUAAUUUGUUAGAUAUUUUAUUCGAGAUAUAAAAAUUAUAAUUGUUGUGCUUUUCUGUGUUUUUAUUAAAAAUAAAACUAUAAUUUAGUCUUUUAUAGAAUUAAUUUAAAUUCUUUUUUAAUUUACAUUUUUAUUGAUAAUGAAGAUUAUCGCAAUUUUCCUGGUAUUUAUUCUAAAGUUCAUAGAUGAUGUGCACUUAAAUCCAAUAAACAAUGAAAAAUCGAAGUUACCAUGGGAAAUUGAAGAAGCUUUAAAUGCUCCGAUUUCAAUAAAAAAAUUUGAUGGAACUUGGAUUUCUGAUAGCGAACUAAUUUUUCCAAAAAAGGUCUUUGAAGGAAGAGAGUAUUUACUUUUUAAUGCAAAAACAAAUUUGACUUCGAACUUUGUUUCUGGAGAAGCGUUUAAAAAAUACAAAAAUGCCGAGUUUUCAUUAUCAAGUGAUAAUAAGAAAUUCCUUAUUGCUUAUGAUAAAAAAACUAUUUUCCGGCAUUCGUCAACUGCCAAGUAUGAUGUUUAUGAAAUCGAAACAGGUACAACUUAUAGUAUAGCCGAAGGUGAAAUGAUACAACAUUGUAAAUUUGGAGCUUUUAGUGAUAAAAUAGUUUAUGUUUUGGGCAAUAAUAUUUUUCUUUACAAAUUCUCUAACGGAAACACAUAUCAAAUUACUACUGAUGGUAAAAUUGGUGAAAUUUACAAUGGGGUACCUGAUUGGGUAUAUGAAGAAGAAGUUUUCAGCGCAGCUUCAGCUAUAUGGUGGUCUCCUGAUGGAGAAAAAAUGGCUUUUGCACAAUUUGUAGACAAUGAUGUGAAAUUAUUUAAAUAUUUCAUUUAUGGAGAGCCUUCUGACUUGGAUUCGCAAUAUCCUGAAGAAAUCGAUAUAAGAUACCCAAAACCUGGAACACCAAACCCAAAUGUUACUUUAUAUGUAGUUAACUUACAAAAUAUUGGUAAAGAAGAAGUUUCAUUGACAAAAUUAGGAGCUCCCACAAGUAUUGUCACUCAAGAUCAUAUUCUUCAAUCUGUUAGUUGGUCCUCAAAUGAUAAAGUAGUUGCUUUGUGGGAAAAUCGAAGACAAAAUAGAGGAGUAAUUGUGGAAUGUGAUACUAACUCCAAAAGUUGUAGAAAUGUUAGAGAAAUUUCUGAACCUAAAGGUUGGCUAAUGACAAACAGUAUUAAUUGUAACACAAAUGCAAAAAAUACAUGUAAUUUAAUUGACUGGAUUGAGAAUUGGAUGCAAAUUUGGCAAUUGGAUCUGGAGACAGGAAAAAAUAUAAAUAACAAAUCAUUUGGAAAUUUUACUGUUACGAAAGUUUUUGGUCAAAAAGGAUAUGAUUGGUUCUAUCAAGGCACCUUAGAAGGAAGUCCAGCCCAACAACAUAUUUAUAAAAAUGAACAAUGCAUUUCAUGUGCGAUUUUAGAUUCUGAAGGGGAAAAUUGCACAGCAGCUACAGCUUCGUUUAGUCAUGAUUUGAGUCAUGUAGCGGUUUCGUGUAACGGACCGAAUCCAACCAUUUCACGAAUUUAUAGCACUGAUACUAUGGAGGUAAUUAAAGUGUGGGAAACAAAUGAAGAAUUUCGGAAAAACAUUUUGUCAAAAAAAUUAAUGCCAAAAAUAAGAUAUUUGAAUGUAACUGUAGAAGGAGGCUUAAAGGCUAUUAUUAAACUUUACUUACCUCCUGAAUUAAAUUGGGAAAAUCCAAAUAAAAACAAGAAAUAUCCUUUAAUUGUGUAUGUUUAUAGUGGACCAAAUUCAGCAAAAAUUAAAAGUGAAUUCGGAGUAGGUUGGGAUUCUUACCUUGUAACUGCUAGAAAUGUAAUAUAUGCCGAAAUUGAAGGUCGGGGAACUGGAAACAAAGGAAAAGAUAUUUUAUAUAUUAUAAAUAAUAACUUGGGGACAGUUGAAAUAGAAGAUCAAAUUGCUGUCACAGACUUUUUGCAAAGAGAAUAUGGUUUUAUAGAUAAAGAUCGAACAGCAAUUUGGGGUUGGAGUUAUGGUGGUUAUGUUACGGCUAAGGUCCUGGCAACUGAUGAUCAAAGGAUUUUUCAGUGCGGGGUAUCAGUUGCUCCAGUAACUUCUUGGACUUAUUAUGAUACUAUUUAUACCGAACGUUAUAUGGGGCUUCCAGAAUGGCAUGAUAAUUUAAGAGGUUACAGAAACGGUGAUUUGUUGAUGGAAGAUUCAAGAUCAAUUUCUAAUUUUAAAAACCACGAUUUUCUUUUAAUGCACGGUGUUGCAGAUGAUAAUGUUCAUUUCCAACAAAGCUUGCAGCUUUCCAAAAUCUUACAAAGAAAUAACAUAUUUUUUGAAGAGAUGAUGUACCCUGAUGAGAAUCACAGUAUUCAAAGGCUAAGACUACAUCUGUAUCGCAAUAUGGAUCACUUUUUGGUUAAUUGUUUGAAUUUAGAAGGUACCGAAGACUGAAUGAACAUAACAAAGCUAUUCCAGUAAAAAUUAUUUUUCAUUGCUAUACAUAUACGUAUUAUAUAAAAUAUUCAGUACAUAAUUAAUAUUCUUUAGAGACAUCAAUUGUUUAAAUUUGAAAUUUUGCUUUUUUAAGUAUAUACAUACGUAUCUAUGCAUGUAAAUAAAGAAGGAUAUUGUACAAAGUA